AUGGCCAUCGACUUCCACGCUGGUGGCAUUGAGGAAGCCUGCAACCGUUUCCUCGCCCUCCCCCCGGAGGUCCACUUGCUGUGCCCCAAAGUUUCGGAAGACGACGAGGAAGACUACGAAGACCUCUCCGACCCCGGUGAAAUUGGGGUGGCGGAGAAGCUACAAAGGCUGCAAGAUUUCAGGGAUCGUGUCGGCGUCGUAUACCAGAGCUCUCUCAUCUUCGGAUUUGAGGAGGGCACUGCUGGUGACUUGCAGAAGACAUUCAGUUUGCGAGUCGGCAGUCUGCUGCAGAGCUGCUCACACUGUGCGCGAACAUGGCAUCGGAACCGCAGGCCGUUUCUGAAGACCCUCGCCGAGAUCCACGACGAUGCGACCGUCGUCGAGAUGAGUCAAAGGCUUGACCGCUUCGACGCUGACCGCAUAACGGCCGGCCUCGAAGGUGCCAGAAAAUUCAUCAACGACCACAACGGCGUUGUCGAGCAGAGGACGUUCAUUGAGGAGGACCGCUCCGACCUUCUAGUUGCCCUGUAUGAGGCCCUCUGCUGUAUGCCUUACCUGAAGCACCCAGAGAACCGGGUCCACUUCGACUAUGUUUUCGCGGCAGUACAACAGAAAAGGGCUUUGAAGCUCGCCGAGGUUUUGCCAACCAUGACCCGAUUCCUGUUCGAUGACGAUAAGGUCCGUCUUGCUUUUGCCAAGGUUUCAUGGCAGAAGAUGCCCAAGAUCUCGGUCGACGACUUUGAAUGGGCUGUCAAGGAAAGUCUCGAGGGGGUUCUGCAACGGGCCACUAUCCAUGAAUUGCCUGAAUCCCUGCUCAAAAGCUUAUGGGAAGGUGUUGCCAUGAUCUUGAACGCCCUCGAGCCCGAGAACGUCGACUCGGCUCUUGGCUCCUUGAACCCGCAGCCUAGCAUCUAUCAGCUAAUGCUCAACCACAUGAGCACCGAAUCAGACGCAAGUCUGGCUGCCGUGCUCAAGGUCUUCAACAUGACUCUGCAGAAGGGCCCGAAAGGCUUUUGGAGCUACUUUGCCAGCUAUUCACCGGCCUCUGUAGCUGAGGCCGUCUUGGCUAGCCGAGCCUACAAGCCAUUGCUGGCGCGAACGCGCGAGUAUUCAAUCUCUAUGCCUGAGGACAAAUACUUGAAGGGGCCCGUGGCUGUUGCAUGGGUGAAGCCGUUCAUUGAAUCCAUCAACACCACCCAAAAGAGUCACGCAUGCGACUCAAUCCUGCAUCACUUCCUCGACGAAAUUGCCGCAGAUACCUCUCUUCCCAUGGAGGGCCGGCUCGCUUGCUAUAGGGCAGCUGCCGAAUCACUGCUGACGACGAUGAAUACAUUCCUGGACUCAAGUUACAACCUCUCUGCCGAUCAGCCGGCCAUCUUCACGAAUCGCAUAUUGAACCUCGUAGUGAAGCAUAAAGAUGUCCUAAUCUUCAUGGCAAAAUUAGGCAGGCAUAACGCUACAAUGUCGCGAAUGGCAAUGUCAGUCAUCGGCGCUGCCUUGACGCUGGACUGUCGUCUUACAGCUGCUGAGUACAAGGCCUACGUCGAUCAGAAACCGGUCCAGCAGGAGAUAAUCAAGGACUCGCCCAGUCUCUGGGAUGCAUUUUUGGAACUGCUCAAGCCUGGUGAGACUGAGUUUGCCGAAACCAUGAUGCUGGCUAUAACCCCAUUGAUUGCUGUCGAAUCGUUACGCCCUACCAAGAAAGAACACCUGUCACAAGUUAAGGAGGACUUCAAUGCCAGACUUGGCAAGGUGGCCGAUUCUAUCAGCAAGAUGAUUGAGAGCCUCAAGAGCUUUGAUUCUUCGGAUCUAGAGCGGCUUCUAGACUCUCCUGUGAUGAAGGCUGUGGUGGCUGCCAUGAUACACGGCGAGCGCGCACUAAACAGAGCCGGACAGGGUUUCAUCGAGUUCAUAACCCUUGAAGCUGGGCGCAGCGAUGCCGUAUCAGCGCUGCUGAAGUCUCAUUUCUCCACACUGUUGACAUCCGUCACGGCAGUGCUUGACGAAGGCAAAGACUCUGGAUUGUGGUCACCACAGCAGCCUAUUCUUCGAUAUUCUAAAGACCUACUUGACGGUCUCUGCGACCCCUUUGAUGGCGUACUCCGAACAAGAGACCUUACCGAGGCGGAACGUUCUACGCUCAAGAAAUGGUGGGAAAUACAAUGGGCCAUUAUCGACACAGCCUUUGCGCAAUUGGACGGCUGGAGCAAGACCGUAGAUACGGGGACCAUGAAGGAAUUCUGCCGUGAUACCAUGGACCUCGCAGAUGCAUUUCUCGCUCAAGACGGCCUUAUCUCCUCGGCUCUAGGAUCCCUGUCGAUCAGUGAAAACCUAGAUGCGGCUGACGAUUCGAAAGACACCGCAAUGAAGGCCAUCCUCGAGCCCCCUCGCGACAAGUGCAAAGGCAUGACUCAGAUGCUACGUUUGAAAGACAGAUACUUGGUCCAGAAGACGGUAGCUGUCCUCGGAAAGCUCUUGAGACGACUGGUCGAGUUUGACGUUGAAGUGCCACCAGCUGUGCUCAAGUACAUCAAAGACACCUGCAUCAAGAAGCCAACAGGGAAGUAUGAGAUUGCUACGAAUUUGAAUGACCAAGAGCGUGCGGAGCUCCUGCGUGCCGUAGGCGAGGACGAAGAUGAAAUCCAAAUCGUCGAUAUCAAGAAAGCCGUGGCCCCCAAGAAGCAAUCCAGCUUGGAUGCGUGGUCCAAGUCGGGAGAUGGGUCAUCCCGAUCGCAGUCGCCGGCGGUCAAGACACCCAGAGAUGAUGUUCGCGACUUGGCCUCGACUCUAGACAAAAACCGCAGCAUCAUAGAUCAGAUGCGAGCCCGUCAGUCCGCAUCUACAAAAUCUACUGUGAAACCCACAUUGUCUAAGCCAGCCUCAAAACCAGCCCCCGCUCGACUUGAUGCCGCCAGCCUCGCCAAACUCAAGGCAGACCGUAUCAAGGAGCAGGAGGCCAAGAAGAAACGAGACGCUGAGGCGAUUGCCAGAGCAAAAGCACUUCGCGCCCCCAAGCCUUUGGUAUCAGGCGAAGGCUCUGGCUUACAGGGCCUUACUGGCGUGCUAGGGAAGGACCAUGCUCCUCGAGGCGAGAUGAUGGUAGAUUCCUCGUCAGAAGAUGAGGGUGAUUCGGAUGACGAUGCAGCCUUUCUGGAGCAAACACAAGCCGGCAAGAAGCGAAUAGAAGAUGCCUCCCGGCGUGUCAUGCAACUCAAGGCGCCCCGUGGUCCCGUUAAGAAGACCAAGAUUCAACGGUCUGCCAAUGACAUGCGGGCGAGACUGACACCCAAUAUGAACGUGCUUCAUCAGGCCAUCCUUGACUGGGACAUCUUCCACGAGGGCAAUGAUCCUCCCAACUUGGGCAAAUCUUCGAGAGUCUCCACAUCAUACGGUGAUCCGCGUCAGUAUAAAGAGACCUUCCUGCCUCUUCUCAUUUAUGAGGCUUGGAGAGGCUUCGUAACAGACAAAGACGAGACGACGUCUAAGCCGUUUGUUAUCAAGAUUGCGAACCGCAUGAAUGUUGAUAAAUUCAUCGAUGUCACAACCACGAUGCCAUUGAAGACCGAUUCGAGAGACGAGUUCCUCUCCGAAGGAGACAUUGUCCUUCUAUCCGUGUCACCCCAGCCUCUGCAGAGCCCUCAAGAGCUCCAUUGUCUUGGACGCGUGUCGCGAGCUCAAGUCAAGUUUGGCGCCCGAGAAGUCUCUUACCGCCUCAGUGGCAGAGCCGGGGCCAUCAUCCAGCUCCUCAACCCGAAGGCAGAGAUCUUUGCGGUGAAGAUCACUAACAUGAGAACAAUCGAGCGAGAAUUCGCUGCUCUCGAAAGUCUGCAAUAUUAUGAUCUGAUGCAAGAGGUCUUGGAGGCAAAACCCUCUCCCAUGCUCUCCUUUGGCGCAGAUGCAGUGAACAAGGUGAUGGCCAACUAUCGCCUGAAUGCCGGACAGGCAAAAGCGAUCCUGAACGCAAGGGAGAACGAUGCGUUCACGCUGAUCCAAGGCCCUCCUGGUACGGGUAAAACCAAGACGAUUGUGGCGAUGGUUGGCGCGCUCUUGACCGGCAAUCUGACGUCGACUACUGGUACGGUUAUUCAGAAGCCUGGGCCGGCCAGCAACGGCCAGCCUACGUCUAAAAAGCUUCUCGUCUGUGCGCCAAGUAACGCCGCUGUUGACGAGCUGGUUCUCCGUCUGAAAGAAGGAGUCAAGACGAUGACAGGGUCUUUCCACAAGAUCAAUGUUCUGCGUCUUGGCAGAUCUGAUGCCAUCAAUGCCGCUGUGAAAGAUGUGACGCUAGACGAGCUUGUCCGGCAGCGGAUCGAUGGAGACGCCGCCCAGAAUACUGGCCCGUCUGACCGACAGAAAAUGCAUGAGGAGGCAGGUCAAAUCAAACAAGAACUCUACGAACUGCGGCCGAUGCUCGACGCGGCAAAGAUUGCUGGCGAUAAGCAACGAGAAGACACAUUGGGACGACAGUUUGAAGAGCUCCGGCGGCGCCAAAAAGCCGUUGGUGCAAGAAUCGAUGCGGACAAGGAUAAGGGCAACAGUGUCCAGAGGGAGAGCGAGAUUCGUCGGCGUCAGGUACAGCAACAAAUUCUAGAUUCGGCACAUGUCCUUUGCUCUACACUAAGCGGAGCCGGUCAUGAAAUGCUGAAGGGACUCAGCGUGGAGUUUGAGACCGUCAUUAUCGACGAAGCUGCUCAGUGUGUUGAGCUAAGUGCCCUGAUCCCGCUGAAAUACGGAUGCUCUAAAUGUAUCCUGGUUGGUGAUCCCAAGCAGCUGCCUCCCACGGUGCUCUCGCAAUCCGCGCAACGCUACGGGUACGAUCAAAGUUUGUUCGUUCGCAUGCAGCAAAAUUCACCGAAAGACAUUCAUCUGUUGGACGAGCAAUACCGUAUGCAUCCUGAGAUCAGCCGAUUCCCUAGUCAAGAAUUCUACGAAGGGAAGCUCGCUGAUGGUGCGGAUAUGGCAAAACUGCGCCAUCAACCCUGGCAUCAAACUGGCCUCCUGGGUCCAUAUCGGUUCUUCGAUGUCAAGGGAAGCCAGGAGAGGGGCCGGAAGGGCCAGUCACUCAUCAAUUACGAGGAGUUGAAGGUUGCGCUCCAGCUGUACCAGAGAUUCAAGUUUGACAACCCUAGACUUGACCUCAAGGGCAAGAUCGGUAUAAUCACGCCUUACAAAGCGCAAUUGUAUCAGCUUCGGGAGCAGUUUGCAGCCAAAUUCGGCCCCAGCAUCUCGGAAGAGAUUGAGUUCAACACAACAGACGCUUUUCAAGGCCGGGAGUGCGAAAUUAUCAUCUUCUCUUGCGUCCGUGCUAGCCCCACAGGUGGUAUUGGUUUCAUGACCGAUAUCAGACGUAUGAACGUCGGUUUGACUCGUGCCAAGUCCUCGCUUUGGAUUCUGGGCGAUUCUCGUGCCCUUGUCCAGGGUGAGUUCUGGAACAAGCUCAUCGAGGACGCCAAAGCUAGAGCCCUGUAUACUACUGGCAAUAUCUUGGCUCAACUCACUCAGCCUGGCGCCAAACUUCCGCCGCCGGACUUCAGCAACAUGAGUUCUCCUCGAACACCUGCCUCGGAGCCUGACUUGAUGGAAGUAGACGAGGUGGAUAUGAGGGACGCGCCUGCAAAGCCUACUUCGUUCUCCAAGAAAGCUACACAGUUGCCGGAAACGUACACCAUCAUAGAGCGGCCAGGACCUCCAGCAGGAGCCAUGCCCUCAGCUUACGCUGGUAUCAACGAGCGUGGAGAACCAGUCACAGGUCCGACAACGUCGCCAGACCGUCCGAUCAUCCACUCCAGCGGUUCAAAGAGGCCCCGUGACGAUUCGGGCGAUGGCGGGCAACCCGCUAAGAGAAAAUCGAGUGGGUUCUUGCCAGGCAAAACUGCGCCUAGCAGACCGAAGGCGAUGCCCAGACCGACGGAUCCUUCGGCGAUGUCUGUCCUGGGUAUUCCGGGCCAAUCCAACGGCAGCAAGCCACCUCCUUCACACCCAGCGAAUGCUCCAAAGGGUCCCCGGGCGAGCAGGCCUAAUCCGAUGAUCCCACCGAAGAAGAAACCGGCAAAUCCCUUCAUCACCAAGAAGCCGAACCCGCCUCGCUGA